CUCGAUCUGAGACUAGUUCUUCCGCUACCAGCCGAUCCAAAAUUAUGGGAUCGAUGAGUCGGGCUGUGGACCCACGGAUCCGAGGACAUUGCAGCGCCUGUGCUCGGCUCGGACUCCCCUGCCAGUACCAGGUGCGUCUGAAAUGGGGCAACGAGGCUACGGAGCAGUCUCUCGUGGGUGCGAACUUCUUCCCACUUCAGCGGUUGGACGGGAGCAGCGUCCAUUUCGUCAAUUUCACCGUCGACGACCUGAGUCCGGAAUGUGCAUCGGAUCCGGAUGGGUAUGGUGGAAAAGACUGCAUGGAUGAUGUCCUGGCACUCGACUCGCCCGGCUUCACGCCGGGCGAUGCGUCCUUCUUCUUGUCUCCGGUAUCAUCAGCGUCGACGCUUUCCUUGCCGAGUCUGGUGGAUGAGCCGUCGUGGUUCCCCCCGUUGGAGAUCCCGUCGGACCUGGACGAGAUGCUUUUCAUGUACUACGCUAUUGAAAUCUGCCCCCGAUGCACGAUGUACGACGACUCCUCGAACGGUUUCCGCAGCAUCAUAAUCCCCAUGUCCGCCGCGCACCCCUCAGUCAUGCACUCGAUCCUCGCCGUAGCAGCCUUCUACCAACGCCAGCGAGACCCGGAAUUCGAGAUCGUAGCGCUGGAGCAAAAGGAGAACGCGCUGGUGCAUAUACGACGCGAAUUCCAACGCCAGCCGGAACGGACGCACGAGGAACUAAUCGCCACGGCCAUCAUGCUCUGUGUUUUCGAGAUCAAGGACGGCUCCGGUCCCAACUGGAACAAACAUCUCCACGGCGGACGUAGCAUUCUCCAGUCCAGGGUGCGAGGGCCCGGGUCACAGAUCUGGGGUGACGGUAUUGCGUGGUGGGCGAACAAGUUCUUCGGGUACCAGUCCAUCAAUGGCGCGUCGACUUCUCAGCAGGAAGAAUCCCGUCUGCUGCAGGAGCCGGAAUUCUGGCUCAGUCAAGGCUUGGGCGUACAGGACAUCGACGGCUUCAUGGGCUGCUCCAGCGAAAUGAUGUCCAUCACCGCGCGAAUCAGUGCCCUAAUCCGUGCCACAUACGAAGAGAACCUCCCAGACGGUCUCCUCGACCACCAUGCUAGCCAACUAGAAAGAUGCCUCUUCGAGAUCCAGCAGCACUGCCCCCAUUUACCCGCAACAAUGGGCGAGCGCAUCUCCGCCACCACCGGAAACAACAGUCUACAGGACAUGAUUGCUGCAUUCCUGCACCAUCCAACCGUCCGCGCGCGAGCCAAAAUCCUGGCCUUAACAGCCGAAGCAAGACGACAGGCGGCUCUCGUCCUGCUGCAUCUAUGCGCGAGGAGGGUGCCCGUUUGGCGAGGAGAGGUUCAGUCGCGGGUAUCCAGCUGUCUUGUCUGUGUGGGUGCUGUGGCACAGUUGAUGGCAGCGGCUGAUGCGCCGGUCUGGGGGAUGACGCCGUUGGUCUGGCCGCUGUUUAUUGCUGGGGCAGCGGCUGUGAGGGAGGAGGAUCGGUUUCGGAUUGCCGACGUUUUUGCGAAGUUGAGGGUUUCGAAGUGUCUUGGUAACGUGGAGCGCGCGGAGAGCGUGGUCAAGUCGAUCUGGAAACAGCAUGAUAUGGCUGGAUCGGAUGGGGACAGGCUGGAGCUCUGGAGGCUUUACGUGAAUCCGAAUCCCAAGUGGCCGUUGAGUCUUGGUUAACUUGGUUAAGUGAUCUGCAUGGUAUAGAGAGAACCGGACGAUAUUCCUCUUCAAUGAAAGACCACAGAGGACGUAAGUAUCAUAUGUAAAAUCAUAUAUAAAUAUCAUACAAGAGCAUAUCCAU